AAAUUUUAGAAACGUGAAAGGACAAGGGGAAAACGGAACUUGUGUUGGUUGCGAAAGAAAAGAACAAAAAAGAAGUUAACGAAACCUGAAGAGAAUAUCCGGAUGCGGACGCUGGCGCUGGUAUGAGACGUAAAUGCCGCCUAUUGACUAAAAGCUGCGAAUCAACGUGGACCACUCACCUUCUUGUCUUUCCCCUUUCAUCUCUUCAAUUCAAUACUCACACACAAAGUUCCCUCCUCUCCAAACAUGGCGGCAAUUUUCUCUUCUUCACUCUUCGCUUCCUCGCCUCUUCCCAAACCACUUUCUUCCUCCUAUUCUCGAAUCCAUACCGCUCCACAACUUUUCAGGGCUCGAUCUUCUCUCCUUCAGGAUAACGAGAAAAAAGUGAUCGUGCAUGAUUCCUUCCCCUCCAAAACCUCUCCUCUUCACACCGCUGAUAAAUCAACUGGUGGAAACUCAAUUAACACCUCUGCGUUCGAGAAACGGAUUAUCAAGGUCGAACAAUCGGUCAAUAUCUUUCUUACGGAUUCCGUGAUAAAGAUACUUGAUACUCUGUACCAUGAUAGACACUAUGCAAGGUUUUUUGUGCUUGAAACUAUUGCGAGGGUUCCUUACUUUGCCUUUAUGUCAGUUCUCCACAUGUAUGAGAGUUUUGGUUGGUGGAGGCGGGCGGACUAUCUGAAAGUGCAUUUUGCUGAGAGCUGGAAUGAAAUGCAUCAUUUGCUCAUCAUGGAAGAACUAGGGGGGAAUGCUUGGUGGUUUGAUCGGUUUCUCGCUCAACAUAUUGCAAUAUUUUAUUAUAUUAUGACAGUUUUAAUGUAUGCAGUAAGCCCAAGAAUGGCAUAUCACUUUUCUGAAUGUGUAGAGAGUCAUGCAUUUGAAACUUAUGACAAAUUUAUCAAGGUUCAAGGAGAUGAAUUGAAAAAAAUGCCAGCUCCUGAGGUUGCUGUGAAUUAUUAUACAGGAGAUGACUUGUAUUUAUUUGAUGAAUUUCAAACUUCCAGAGUUCCUAAUUCAAGAAGACCUAAGAUAGAGAAUCUGUACGAUGUAUUUGUAAAUAUCAGAGAUGACGAAGCUGAACAUUGUAAGACAAUGAAGGCUUGUCAAACCCAUGGGAACCUCCGGUCACCUCAUUCAUAUGCAGAGGAUGAUGACAGCUCAGUCUGUGCUCUUGAAGCAGAUUGUGAAGGAAUAGUAGACUGUAUAAAGAAAUCUGUUGCUUCUAAUCCAGCUAAGGUGAAGUAAGAUAAGUGGCCCAAUACAUAGUACAUUCAUUUAAUAAGAUUGUAGGCAGGGAAUAAUGAUUGGAGGUAGUAAAUAGUUGAAAUUUGGAAAAGGUUGCUCUCCGGUGUAAUUGUCUUUAUAGAAAGUAAAGGUGUAUUCACCCUUAAAUUUUCUAAGAUCAAGAUCAUGAAAUAUCUUAUAGUGACAACCUUCUGUUAGGUUAAAUGUUCAUACCACACUCUGAGGAUUAUCAAAGAAAAUAAUAUUUUGGAGAUUGUCUAUAAUUUU